AUGGUCAGCCUCGUGACCUCGGUCUUCGGCACGCUGCUCCUCAGUCUCGUCGCCACGCCCUGCGCGGUCCCCCCGGACACGACCAGCUCCUAUUCCGGAGGCGACACGUCGGGCUGCGGAAAGACGCACGUCGGCCAGGCCAUAGGCCUUCCCAUCUAUCGCGACAUCAAGUCGAGUGGCUUGCGUCGCAGCUACAGCGUGCAUCUCCCGUCCGACUACGACAAGGGCCGCAGAUAUCCUGCCAUUUUGGGCUUCCACGGCUCAGGCAGCGUCGGGCUGUUCUUUGAAGUCGACACGAAGCUAGACGAGGCGCGCUUCACCCGCGACAAGGUCAUGGUCUACCCCAAUGGACUGGGCGGCGCCUGGGCGGGAGCCAACUACUCCAAGGCCACCGUCGCCCAGGACUUGCAGUUCGUGUGGGAUCUCCUCGCCGACCUGCGCCGGAACUUUUGCAUCGACAGUGCCAGGAUUUACGCCACCGGGCUGUCCAUUGGCGGCGGCUUCGUCGACACCAUUGCCUGCAACAGCUCCGUCGGCGGCGAGUUUGCCGCCAUGGCCCCGGCCUCGGGGUCCUUUUACACGGACAACGAGGACAAUCAUCACCUCUGCCAGCCCGCGCGCGUGCCCAUGCCGAUCCUGGAGUUUCACGGAGGAGCCGACGCCGAUGUCAAGUACGGCGGCGGCCAAGGCGAAGGCGGCACUGAGCCCGCAAUCCCGAGCUGGUACGUCCGUCAACUCGCACAGAUCAAGGCCAUCUCGAGUGCUGAUUCAUGGUGGCAAACCGUCAAGGUUGGGCUGGUGGGCAGCCCGGAACGAAUGCGACACGCCCCAUCGUCAAGAGGACCUGUUUGCCGGCGACGUCCAUCAUCUAAGCUGGACGUGCCGGGGACAGGCGGGAGCGGUGCAGCACUACAAGACCGAUGA